GGGAACUGCCUUACGAUGAAAGCUAUGACCUUAUUCGUACUCAUGGCUGUGGCCGUCCUGGCGGCAGCUCGGCCAGAAAUCUUGGACUUCGAGGGCGAGGAUCACCAGCACCAGCAGGAGGGAGACGCCGGGGAGCACGUGGAAGGGUCCUACAGCUGGACGUCCCCCGAAGGCGAGGAGUUCCACGUCAAGUACGUCGCCGACGAGGACGGCUACCGGGUGCUGGAGUCGAACGCCGUGCCCGUGAACCACGACGGAAUGGCGGCGGACGGCAACCAGGGAGCCUUUGGGGAGGAAGAAGAAGGAGGAGAGCGAUAAGGACAGGGGAAGAAGGAGAAACAAUUGAGUGGAAGAAGAAGACGGGGAACGAUACGAAUGGAAGGAGA